GGGAUUACGGCUCAUCCCUAGUAAUACGAGGUGUUUAUGAGUUCCCCACCCAGAUAAGACCGUACCUACUCAAAAAUAGUAGUCGCCAGGUUCAGUUUUGAUUAAGUGGACAAAAAGGCAGUAACUAUGUCGAAGAGCGAUGAAUUUACUUUCCGGCGUGCUCAGGUGGAUGAUAUAAAAGAUGUAUUAGCAAUGAUACAGGAACUUGCUGACUUUGAAAAAAUGAGCAACGGACCCCAACUAACAGAGGAGGUUCUCAAGCGUGAUGCAGGACUUACUGGGGAGCAGGAAGACUGUGAAGUUUAUGUCCUCAUAGACAAUACCACUAAGCAAACUAUUGGGUAUUCUAUCUGUUACAAGGCAUACUCCACCUGGCAAGGUCGCUACUUUUUCGUGGAGGACAUUUACGUCCGACCAGAGCACCGAAAACGCGGCGCUGGUAAACGUAUAUUCCUGGAGGUAUCCGCCCGAGCCGUGGAGCUAAAUUGCCCGCGUUUGGAGUUUAACGUUCUGGAGUGGAAUCCCGCCCGCAAGUUUUACGAAAGCCUUGGGGCUGUGGACUUGACUGCCAAGGAGGGCUGGCACUACUAUCGCGUUGAAGAGAAGCAGCUGGCCAAACUUGCCCAAGAUCUGGCCUCUUUAAAAGCUUGACAUUAAUUUGAGUAUUGUAUUUUGGAAUAUAACAAUAUUUGAUAAAUAAUACUUGACCCCAGGCCAUAUAUUUAAACAAUAUACACUUAAAUUAAA